GAUGAAGUAAUAGACCACUUUCUUUAUAUACAUAUGGCCUAUACUAUAGGCCAUGAAUUAAUCACCUUUUUCUUUCUCUGCACAUUCCAUUCAUGUUGGAGGUUGCAUGGAUGCAUCUGUUUGUCCAUGUAAAUUAUAGUUAUUUGUGCAGCCUGGGUGUUCAUGUUGCCUCGACUUUAUGCAAAGCUUCUCUUCUUAAUUUUGGAGUAUUUUUGGUUGAUGCAGGAAUGUAUUAAUAGAAUCGCCUCCCUGGAAAGUAUGGGUAUGUGUUCCUUUUGGUUGUUUUGAAUAUUUCAUCUAUCCACCUCAACCAGCUGUCUUGUAUAAGUUAUGUUCUUAUAUGUUUAUUUUAGGUUUAACUCCAACUAUCUCAAAUUUCAGGAGCCCAUUGAGCAUGUUGUUAGUCCUUCAUUAUGUUAUGGUUAUGGAAUUGGAAAGAUUUAACCAAGUUCACAUCUCAAGUAAUAGGCUUAUAAUGUUGUAUUUGUUGUUUUGCCAACAUAUUUUCAUUUGCAUCAGGUCGACUUUCUGGUGUCAUGGAUGAUAGGGGAAAAUACAUAUACAUCUCACAAGAGGAGAUGAAAGCUGUUGCGGACUAUAUUAAGCGUCAGGGUAGAGUUAGCAUCUCUCAUCUAGCCAGCAAGUCCAACCAGUUCAUUGAUUUAGAGCCAAAAGCACUGUUUGUGGAGGAAAUCAGCAGUGUGGAAGAGAUUACCCCUGCUUGACUCACCAUGUCCAUCCAUGUCAAUCCAUAGAGAAAUCUCAAGGUCCAUUACAAGACAGAAAGAUUAAAAGCUCAAGAGUUUCAUAUACAGAUUUACCUAUCUACCAUAAAACAGCGAUACCGUGGAGCUCAUAGUUGCAUGCAGAAAAAUACAGUAAAUACAACCUUCUGAGGAAUAUUGAGAUGGAAUGGGUAUAGGGAUCUCUUUUCUUUAUCCUGUUGGAAUUGCAGAGUAGAUCUAAGAAACAUUGCUUAAAGAGACUGAUGUUUUUAGUACUGUAAAUGUCUUCUUUCGACUAGUACAACAACCCCUGCUUGGGUUUUUACGUUUUACAGGACGUAAGCCGCACCAGAAUGUUUC